UAUUCGGUUUGCCUGGGAGCAGUCGCCAGCGGAACAGCGCAGCCACAGCCUGCGGAACGCAGCGUGCUGCUUUAUUUUUGCGCUGCGCCGUGAGGAGCUCACUUGGGGGGGGGGGAGAGAAGAAGUCGUCCCCCCUUUGGCUCAGCCCCUCUCCCUCUGUCCAACCUCCCUUGUGUUUCUUCCAACUUCAUCUCGGGGCGACUUUCAAGAUGACAGAAGAAAAGAGUGUUCGGCGCGUAAAGCUGGUUACCGGCCAGCUUCUGUGGGAUUUGAUGUCACCUUCAGAUUGGUUCAACUGAAGAUGGAAACACUGGAGUCUGAGCUGACCUGCCCGAUCUGCCUGGAGUUAUUUGAAGAUCCCCUGCUCUUGCCUUGUGCCCACAGCCUGUGUUUUAACUGCGCCCACCGCAUCCUGGUGUCCCACUGCUCCACUAGCAAGCCCCUUGAAUCCAUCUCGGCCUUUCAGUGCCCCACCUGUCGUUACGUCAUCACGCUGAAUCACCGCGGCCUGGAGGGCCUUAAGCGCAAUGUGACACUGCAGAACAUCAUUGACCGCUUCCAAAAGGCCUCCAUCAGUGGCCCCAACUCCCCCACAGAGAGCCGGCGUCUGCAUCCGCAGCGGCCCUACACCGCCACCAUUAGCGGCACGAUAGCUGGAACAAUCGGAGGCGGCGGCGGCGGCGGCACGAGUGGAAGCAGCGCCCGCGGCAGCCCGGCCACUUCCAGCCACGCCCACCCUCACGCCAACCACACCAACCACGUCAACCACACCAACGCCAACCACAGCCCGGCCGUCGUCGGCAAAAUGGACCCGCGCAUCAGCUGCCAGUUCUGCGAGCAGGACCCGCCGCGCGAGGCCGUCAAGACGUGCGUCACGUGCGAGGUCUCGUACUGCGACCGCUGCCUGCGCGCAACACACCCCAACAAGAAGCCGUUCACCAGCCACCGCCUGGUGGAGCCGGUGCCUGACACCCACAUCCGCGGCCUGACUUGUCUGGAGCACGAGAAUGAGAAGGUCAACAUGUACUGCUUGGUGGACGACCAGCUCAUCUGCGCCCUCUGCAAGCUGGUGGGGCGCCACCGCGAGCACCAGGUGUCCUCGCUCACCGAGCGCUUUGACAAGCUCAAGGCUUAUCAGGUGAGCCCGGGCAGAGUGUCAGAUGCAGUAAUGGAGGCUUCAAAGACAAGUGCUGCGCAAACUCUGGAGAACAACCUGACCAACCUGGUGAAGAGGAACAGUGAACUCGAAAACCAAAUGGCAAAACUUAUCCAGAUAUGCCAGCAAGUUGAGGUGAACACAGCCAUGCAUGAAGCUAAGCUGGUGGAGGAGUGUGAUGAGCUCGUGGAGAUCAUUCGCCAGAGAAAGCAGGUCAUCGCUGUGAAGAUCAAAGAGUCAAAGGUGAUGAAAUUGCGAAAGUUGGCUCAGCAGAUUGCAAACUGUCGCCAGUGUCUGGAACGCUCCAGCGCUCUCAUCACACAAGCUGAGCAGAGCCUGAAGGAGAAUGAUCACGCCCGCUUCCUCCAGACCGCCCGAAAUGUAGCAGAAAGGGUUGCCAUGGCGACAGCGUCCUCUCAGGUACUCAUCCCUGACGUCAACCUGAAUGAGGCGUUUGACAACUUUGCCCUGGAUUUCUCCAGAGAGAAGAAGAUUUUAGAAGGACUAGAUUACCUAACAGCUCCCAGCCCGCCGUCCAUAAGAGACGAGCUGUGCACCGCCUCCCACGACACCAUCACUGUUCACUGGACGUCGGAGGAUGAGUUCAGCGUCACCUCCUACGAGCUGCAGUACACCAUCUACACUGGUCAGACCAAUUUCAUCAGUUUGUACAACUCGGCAGACAGCUGGAUGAUCGUGCCCAACAUCAAGCAGAACCACUACACCGUGCACGGCUUGCAGAGUGGCACCCGUUACAUCUUCUUUGUCAAGGCGAUCAACCAAGCCGGAAGCCGCAACAGUGAGCCGGCCCGCCUGAAAACCAACAGUCAACCCUUCAAGUUGGACCCAAAAACGGCCCACAAGAAGCUCCGCCUCUCCAACGACUGCCUGACCAUGGAGAAGGACGAGAGUUCGCUGAAGAAGAGCCACACCCCGGAGCGCUUCAGUGGCACGGGCUCCUAUGGAUCAGCUGGUAAUGUCUUCAUUGACAGCGGGUGCCACUACUGGGAGGUGCUGCUUGGAGCGUCCACAUGGUAUGCCAUCGGCGUGGCUUACAAAUCAGCCCCAAAGAACGAAUGGAGUGGCAAGAACUCGUCCUCAUGGGUUUUGUCACGCUGCAAUAACAACUUCAUGGUGCGCCAUGACGGCAAGGAGAUGCUGGUGGAGGCGAGCCUGCAGUUGCGGCGGCUGGGCGUCCUGCUAGACUAUGACAACAAUUCGCUCUCCUUCUACGACGCCAUGAACUCCCAGCACAUCCACACAUUUGAAAUCUCCUUCAUCCUGCCCGUCGUACCCACGUUCAUGAUCUGGAACAAGUCGGUCAUGAUACUCUCAGGGCUGCCCGUCCCCGACUUUGUUGACGGCAUGGCCUCGGAUCUUCAGGAGCAGCAGCAGAUGGGUCUGUGCCGACAGGAGUCGCCGUACUUGACUGGGAUGAAGAGCUGCCACUGAGAAAGGCAGUCCGCUCAGGCCUGGUGACCUGGUGACCUGGUGACCUGGUGACAGGUGGACUGCGAGCUGCUGCUCCAGUCUUCAUUAUGAGUGGACUUUUUUUUUUUUUUUUUUUUGGAUUUAGAAAGUGAUGGAAAUAUGCACAGAAAAAUGUCAGCCUUGAUCAUUUGUAGCCAUCAAAAUGCUUCUCAAAUCCUUCAGAGAAUGGGAGAAAAGUCUCUUUGACUGGAGUCAGUGAGCAGAGCAGGUCUCAUAGGUUUCUUGACCAUUUAAGGCUCUUCCUGUUUGAUUUAUUGUCUUCUUGAUUUGACCGUAGACAGAAGACCGUGGAGGGAAUGUUGUCAGCAACAUGUGAAACCACAGUGGCCACAGAAAAAGCAGAGGCAGCCGGUGACUACAGACGGGUUUAAACAGCAUUUAUAAUGUUUAUACUUAGUUUAUGUCGACAGUGCAUUCUGAUGUGAAUUAAAAGUUUCUGAGGGGGGGUUGGCUGAAGGUUUAUUUAUUGCUAUUUUGACGCGAGUUACAACGUUGGAAACAACACUGUCAAACAUUUGUUCCAGUUAUUCUGAACGUGGUUUCUUUGCGUUUUUGCCGUGUGAGCUACAGCAAUCUAGAUGUUAGACGAUAUGACAUCACAUGUUCACAUGUUGCACCAUCGGUCGCUGUAACCGGUCUUUGCUGAAGUUUCUCCAUUAGUCUUUCUGGAAGCGUUACCGUUUCUCCCAGAUUCUAAAAAAAAAAAGUCACGAGGGGAGGAUUUGCAUCAUGUGACUACUUGACCUGUAUAAUAAGAGGUAUAUUGAUUACUGGAGGAAAAGAAGUGUUAUUUAUGAGGAGAAAAAAAGAGAAGAUGGUUUACUUUUAUUAUUAAUUUUAACAUAUUCAUGCACUUUCUAAUUAACACUAUUCCCCCCCUCUGUGAGUGUUUGAGCAGCUGAGUGGCAGAGUUGGAACGGGACGUGAAAGCGACGGCUAGCACUACUGGUUGUGUUCAGUUAUAUUUGCCAAAUCAUUGACGAUUAGUAAUUAAAAAUGGUUAUCAGAUAUAAACUAUACAAAUUCCUUUCGCAAUAACAAAGCCCUGCUGAAACUGUUGUGUGUGUGUGUGUGUUUGAAUCUAGUUCAUCAAAGGACUAAAAAACAGAAUUGUCUGCUGUAAAAGUUCUCUGAACACAGCCAGUGACUCUUUCCCUCCCCGUUGCAUAUUGUAAAUGUAUCUUAUUUAGAAAAAAGGGAUAUGAUUAUGAUGUGUUUGUAAUUUUUAUCACAAUGAAAUGAUGAUAAGUGAAUAUCUUUUUUUUUUCAAAGUUCACUCAAGUUUUUUUCGACUAUUUCAGGGAAGGAGCGGGGGGGGAGGGUUAACACUUUACUGUCUGUCGCAAUAUCAUGGCAUGAUUGUGUUUUUCCUUUGUGAUUUGUUCACACACACACACACACACACACCUACACGUGUCACGUUUUGUUGAUGUCGCCCUCGUCGUGAUAAAUGCAUGAUCCCGCAAAUGGUCCAUCGGAUAUUUUAUGCAGGUCUUUCAGUCCCACAGUUCCAGUUCCGCGUUUUGUAUUCAUCAGGUACAAAUUCAUUCAAACGUUUUUGCUGACAAGGCCCAAAGCGUGGAUGGCAAAUUCUCUCGGGUUUCAUUUUUCAGGCGGAGGGUUAAUUCAGACAAUCCAACGAGUUUUUAAGAGGUCGCGUAACCAGUAGACCUUGGUCAGGCACUGUGAUGAAGUGAAGACGACUUCUGAGCUUAUCUUUCGCUUCCCGCCCGUCGUCGGACUCACGAUGUUAAAUGUCAUGUAACAUUUGUAGCGACGGACUAUGAUUUGCUUGACUGGAGGGGGAAAAAAAACAAAUCAGGCACACACUGAAAAUCUGGCUCAGUGAUGCUGCAGCCAUCGGGAUUAUUUGAUUGACGCUCUUAACUGACUCAGUGAUCCUUGCUUACAAAGAUCAUCCGCUAGUUAAAGGUAACACAGUGGGAGCGCCAGAGUCAAAGGAGGGUUGUGUUUGGGUUUUUUUUUUUUUAGUCAAGGACAUAAAAGAAUCUUACCUGACUUUCUGAGAUCUGCAGAUCUUGUUGAAUCAUGUCUGUCACAGACACACACACACACACACACACACGUGUUGAUUUGUGAUCUGGACUGACAAGCUCAAAGUCAUCUGUGCAAGUGUGCUUGGCUGGGUCACUGCAUGAUGAUGUGACCUCACUUUCAGGUUCACCGUCCUCAUAUUCAUGAUGACGUUCCUUGCGUUGAGUCAAGCCUUACUCUCCAGCGCGCUCGCUCUCUCCGUCUCAUGACGAGAAAUGUUCAAUGCCAUGCCUCUCGGAUCAUUUGCGGUGUUCUUUUUUGUGUCACCAGUCAAUACGGUCAAAUAUAUACAGUGAAUGAAUUUCAAUAGCUACCCCCACUCCUCGUAGUGAAGUGUAAUACUCUAGAAACAAUGCAAUAGAGUCUCUUUCUGCUUUUGCGUUUGUGUCAUUUUGGGGGGGAAAUUAUUUUUACAGCUGGUGAGAAACACGCUCCUCUCCUUUUGGCACCUGGACCUUGAUAAACAGCACAAAAAAGAGCAGCUUUGCUUUCCUGCGAGGCUUUCUGUGGAAGUAGAUCUCAUUUUAGCCAGAGAGGAAUGUAAAUCAUAGGGGGAAAUAUAUAUUAUAUAAAAUUGUAUAAUGUACAAAAAAUAUAUAUGAACCAAUGUUAUUUAUGUGAAUUCAAGUCCUAUUAAAAGUCUGAUCCCAGA